AUGGGUGGUGCGGUAAGCUCCGGGCGCGACAACAAUGAGUUGAUAGACAAUCUGAUGGAAGGGAACUACAUUCGUAGCCCGGAUGUGGAGCGUGUUUUCAGAGCUCUCGACCGGGCUGACUAUAUGACUCCCGAUACCAGAGAUCAGGCUUACAAGGAUCUCGCCUGGCGAAACGGGCCGUUGCAUCUCUCAUCUCCAUGUAUUUAUAGCGAAGUGAUGGAAGGACUGGAGCUGAAGCCAGGACUAUCAUUUCUGAACAUUGGUUCUGGCACUGGAUACCUGAGCACUAUGGUGGGGCUUAUCUUGGGUUCCGGAGGUAUCAACCAUGGAGUGGAAGUACAUCCUGUAGUUUUGGAAUACUCAUCAAAGAAGAAUAGUCAGUUUAUUGAGAACUCACCAACAAUAGAUGAUUUUGACUUCUGUGAACCAAAAUAUUUCUUAGGCAACGGACUGUGCCUGGCGCCCCUGCAGGCGCCUUAUGACCGCGUGUACUGUGGGGCUGGUUGCCCUGAUGAGUACACAAACUAUUUUAAGCAGCUGAUAAGGAUUGGUGGGAUUCUGGUGAUGCCGUUAAACGACACGCUUCUGCAAGUGAAACGUGUCAGCGAGACGGAGUGGGUGUCACGCAGUCUACUGAAUGUGACGUUUGCCCCCCUUAAGCUGCCCUUAACCGAUAACCCACCAGAGCUUAUUAAACUUGAGGAGCAGGCGCCGCCGCGGCUGCAGGUGCUGGCCAGGGGAGUGGUGAGGAGCUCCAUGCGGCUGGCGAUGAUGCGCCGCCACCCGGAGCUGCGCGAGCCUGUGAAGCCGCCCUGCCCCCCGCGCCCCUCGCGCUCCCAGCGCCACACCCGCCACUGCCCGCGCCGCAUCCGGAUCCCCAUCGAUGAGAGGCCAGAUGUAUUCUCGAAUUCGGUCGUAGGCAAUUUCGACAUGCUGCACGACCUGGACCGCGAGAACGGCGCCAACGAGAUGAACGCGCUGCUCAGCCUGGUGCUGAGCAUGGGCGACAACAGGGUCGCGGGCGCGCUGAGGUUCGACUCGCCGUCCGCGUCCUCGGCCGAGGAGUCGGACGAGGAGGCCGGCGAGGUGGUGAGGCCCGAGCCGCCCGCCGAGCCGGAGCGCGACCCGGCGCUGAGCGGCGGCGACCAGCCCCAGACCCGCUCGCUGACCUUCGAGUUCCGCGACUCCGCGUCGAGGUCCAGCCAGACGGGCCCCGACGGCGCCCCGCGGGGCCUCAAGCCGUGCACCAACCCCGAGGUGCCCCCCGACGUGGAGGUGUACCUGGACAGCAGCCUCGAGGCGCAGCCCAGCACGUCGCGCACCGAGAUGGAGUGGGAGGAGUCCAAGACCGAGGGCAAAGGCGACUCCACGAGCGAGGACGACACGGAGACCGUGCCGAAGGGCAACGCCAGCAAGCGCCAGAAGCUCGACAGCGGCAUCGGCGAGGGGAACACGCCGUCCGGCUCCUCGCCCGAGAAGACCGAGAAGAGCGAGGAGUCGGAGAUAUGCGAGGACUCGCCUCAGUCCGACAGUCACAACGAUGACGCGGAGCCAGUGCCAGGCCGCCACCGGCAGCCGAAGCGCACGCGGCUGCACGACCCCGCCUCGUCCACGGACGAAGAGGGCUCCGACGACUCCGAGGCCGGGCGGCUGCGUCGGCACAAGAAGCGCGCCGCACAAGGGGGCGACGCCCGGCGCGUGCGCCUCUCCAUCGUGAUGAAGCGCGGCGUCAAGGAGCUGCCGCUGCCCUACGCGCUCAAGAAGUACGUGAACCUGGGCCGCUGCUUCCAGUUC